CACCUCUUUAUCGAAUAUUUUGUCAAACAACAGGUUUCAGUGGAACACCAAUGACAGGAACCUCAACAAUAAACCCCAAUCGCCUUGUGCCAUCCAAGAAAUCUCGUCGAAUAAAGGUAACAUUCAAUGCAGAUACUUCACGUGCCCUUAACUGGUCUUUUAUUCCUCAACAACAUGAGGUCCGUGUUUUACCAGGAGAGACUGCACUGGCAUUUUAUACUGCAAAGAAUGUAUCAAACCAUGAUAUUAUUGGUAUGGCAACAUAUAAUGUAACACCAUCCAAGGUGGCACCAUACUUUAAUAAAAUACAAUGUUUUUGUUUUGAAGAGCAGAUGUUAGGAGCUGGAGAACAAUUGGAUAUGCCAGUGUUUUUUUUUAUUGAUCCAGAAAUUGAACAUGAUCCAUUGAUGAAAGAUGUGGAUACUGUCACCCUAUCUUAUACAUUUUUCAAGGCAAAAUAUGAUGACAAUGGUAUAUUAAUACCGAUUCCAGCUUAA